AUGCACUUCGUUGUAGCCACCGGACCACUAAACGGGCUUCCUGUGCUCAACGGGCCUGUACCGGUUGUCCCACUGGGUCUUGGGUCCAAGAAGCGUAUCGGCGAGUUUAUACACCCGGGAAUUUGGCAUACGCAUGACGACCUCGAGCGGAUCAGGUUGGGAGUGGUUAAUGGGCAAGAACCAUGGAAAUCAGCAUACGAGAAAUUCCGUGUAGAUUCCUUCUCCCAAGCUUCGUACGCUAUGCAAGGCCCAAAAAGCAUCAUCUGCCGAGGCGGAUGUAAUAACAACUACACUACCUUUAGCAAUGAUGUGCGCGCAGCAUAUCAAAACGCCCUGAUGUGGUAUAUCACGAGGAAUGAAAGCCACUGGGAUCGAUCCACCACCAUCCUAGACGCUUGGGGCACUAAUUUGACUUCCAUAAUCGGCACAGACACUUCUCUUCUUGUCGGACUUGAGGGAGACAUGUUUGCCAAUGCGGCAGAGAUCAUGCGAUGGGAAGGAGGCUGGAUCGAGGCGGGAGCAAAGGCUUCAGGUGGAAGCGGAUUCUCGAAUCAACUGUACUGGUUAUUCGCACGGCAGUCCAUUAUCAUUGGCCAAGCGAACUACGGCAUGGUUAGCAUCAAGGCCCUGUUGUCCUUUGCCGUUUAUCUAGAUGAUGUGACACUGUACAAUUAUGCCGUAUACGCUUUUCAAAACGAUCUCUGCGCUGGAAUAUAUGGAAAUUUCCACCCAGAAACGGGACAAGGUGCAGAAACCGGCCGCGAUCAGGGCCAUGCUCAGGGUGCCCUAGGCUGGACUGCAGAAGCGGCCAGGAUUAUGCAGUCACAGGGAACAGAUGCGUACUCACUCGGAGACAAUCUUCUACUCAAGGCCGCGGAAUACACAGCAAAGUAUAAUUUAGGCUAUAAUGUGCCCUACGAUCCCAAGUUCUAUCGAUGCGAGGCAGUUCUGAUCAAUGGGCCAUGGGCCGUGCCAUCCAACAUCAGUCGGGGAGUCGCUACACCACCGCCUAAAGUCUGGGAUAUUUUGUACUACCAGUAUGUUGUCAAGCGCGGUCUUCGUGCUCCCUACACCACCAAAAUGAAGCUCACGAUCAACGGCCUCGGAGGUGAAGGCAACCCCGGUACAAGCAGCCCUGACGACCAUCCGAGCUGGGGGGAUUUGAUCUGGUCCUACGACAAGAAGGGUCAGUUCCUCAAUGACGAUGGGAGGACUAUUUGGGGAGGCGGUGGAAUUGGGCCUAAUGGAACAGGCAUGAUCAACUCAGCUUGA